UGACUGUGUGUUUUGCAACUACUUAUGUAACUCAAUGCUUACAUACACAUACCUUAAUUAUAGGUGAAUGUACAAUGUAGUACAUGUACAGUAGAGCUACUCCUUGGUAGCACUCCAUGAACACAAGCACUAUGCUAUUAUGAGCUUUUCUUUGCCCUGAACAAAUGUUUGUCAAUUUCUUUUAUUGGCCAAGUAAUGGUCAAAAUUGAUAAUAUUUGGUUGCAUUUUCCGGGAGAAGAAAACUGCCUGGAGGGACUGACAUUUGUUAUUACUGGAGUGCUGGAAGGUAUUGAGAGAGAUGACGCUGUGGAUUUGAUUCAGAGGUAUGGUGGCAAGGUGACUCACUCAGUGAGCAAGAAAACAAGUUACAUUGUGGUGGGACGGGAUGCUGGUGAGAGCAAACUUUCUAAAGCUAAGCAGUGUGGUACAACACAGCUAGAUGUCAAGACAAAACCAGGGAAGAUGAUCAGCUAUGAACCUCCCAGCAAGGAAAAGAAGUCAAAGAAGAAAGAAAAAACUGAAGAAGCUGAAAAAUUGAGUCAAGGAAAGGAACAGUUCAAAGGGGAAUCAUCGCAGCUUAGUGAACGAUCAGUGUCAUCUCCUGCCACACAGACCCCUACAUCAUCACCUGUGUCAAAAGGAGAACCUAGUUUGUUAUGGGUUGACAAGUAUCGCCCUCACUCAGUGAAGCAGAUUAUUGGCCAGCAAGGUGACAAGAGUAACAUGCAUAAGCUGAUGAACUGGCUGAGAGACUGGGAGAAGAACAGAAAGAAAGCACCAACUAAAUGUAAGUUGACCUGCCGACGCGUACGGUGAAAUUCAAAAAGAUUUAUUUGCCGUCCUUUUAACUUACGGUACAUGUAUAUGUAUAUGUAUUUCUCAAAAUGUUA